ACACACUUUCACUCUCUCACUGACUCACUCACUCACACACACUUUCACACGCUCUCACACUCACUGACUGACUCACUCACACACACACACUUUCACUCUCUCACUGACUCACUCACACACACACACUUUCACUCUCUCACUGACUCACUCACACACACACACUUUCACUCUCUCACUGACUCACUCACACACACACACUUUCACUCUCUCACUGACUCACUCACUCACACACACUUUCACACGCUCUCACACUCACUGACUGACUCACUCACACACACACACUUUCACUCUCUCACUGACUCACUCACACUUUCACACGCUCUCACUCUCACUGACUCACUCACACUCUCUCACUCUCUCACUCCUUUUUAGAAGUUAAAUGAUGACGUCAUCACGGUCACUGUGUUUUUUUCCUGAAGUUACUAUGGCGGUUCUGAAGUUUUCAAACUUUUCUUGAUUUUGUAAGCAUUUGUUCCAAUGGAGCAUCUCCAGGGAGCCUGGAAGACCAUCAGCAACGGCUUGGGAAUGAAGGAGUCAGCGCUGGAGAGCCCGUGUAUCUCCCCCACCGCCGCGCAGGAUUUCCCAUACCAGCGCCGCGCCUCAGAUGACUCCAAAAUCCCCGACUCAAAAGCCAGCAGCACCAUCCGAGUGUACCUGCCCAACCAGCAGCGCACCGUUGUGAAUGUGCGGCCCGGUAUGACGCUCCACAGCUGCCUUAUCAAAGCACUGAAGGUUCGAGGACUCCAGCCUGAGUGCUGUGCUGUCUACAAACUCCACGCAGGACACCGGAGUAAAAAGUCUCGUAUGGACUGGAACACGGACUCGAUGUCACUCAUCGGAGAGGAGCUCCUGGUGGAGGUUCUAGAUCACGUUCCUCUGACCACCCACAACUUUGCGAGGAAAACGUUUCUGAAGUUGGCGUACUGCGACAUGUGCCAGAAGUUCCUCCUGAACGGCUUCCGCUGUCAGACGUGCGGAUAUAAAUUCCACGAGCACUGCAGCACCAAAGUUCCCACCAUGUGUGUGGACUGGAGCAACAUCAGGCAGCUGCUGUUAUUUCCGACUCCCGGUGAAAGUGGAACUCUGUCUCUGCCUCCGAUUACCUCCAGGAGGAUGAGGGAGUCCAUAAGCCGAAUGCCCAGCAGCUCAGCAUACAGACACUCGACUCCUCAAGCGUUUAAUGACAGCACGGCGUAUCCUCCUACAGGGGGCGCACUCUCUCAGAGACAGCGCUCCACCUCCACGCCCAACGUCCAUAUAGUCAGCACCACCCUGCCUGUGGACAGUAACCUGAUUGAGGAUGCAAUACGUCAUGGACACGGUCAUGGAUCAGCAGGAAGUUCUCCAAACCAGAGUCCGACUGGCUGGAACCAGUCCAAAACUCCGCCCCCAGCUCAGAAGGAGAGGGCGUCGUCGUCCUUCAGCUCUCAGGAGAAAAACAAAAUCCGUCCGAGGGAUAAGAGAGACUCAAGUUAUUACUGGGAGAUCGAAGCCAGCGAGGUGAUGUUGCACUCCAGAAUCGGCUCAGGAUCCUUCGGAACCGUAUACAAAGGGAAAUGGCACGGUGACGUCGCUGUGAAGAUCUUAAAAGUCAUCGAUCCCACGCCAGAGCAGUUCCAGGCCUUUCGUAAUGAAGUCGCAGUUCUGCGGAAAACCCGGCAUGUGAACAUCCUGCUGUUUAUGGGCUACAUGACAAAAGAUAACCUGGCCAUCGUGACGCAGUGGUGCGAGGGCAGCAGUCUGUACAAACACCUCCACGUGCUGGAGACCAACUUCCAGAUGUUCCAGCUGAUCGACAUCGCGAGGCAGACAGCUCAGGGCAUGGACUACUUGCAUGCAAAGAACAUCAUCCACCGAGACAUGAAGUCCAACAACAUUUUCCUGCAUGAAGGUCUGACGGUGAAGAUUGGGGAUUUCGGUUUGGCCACGGUGAAGGCCAGGUGGAGCGGAUCCCAUCAGGUCGAACACCCUUCAGGGUCCAUAUUAUGGAUGGCUCCCGAGGUGAUCAGAAUGCAGGACAACAAUCCGUACAGUUUCCAGUCCGACGUUUAUUCCUAUGGCAUCGUUCUGUAUGAGCUGAUGACCGGAGAGCUUCCGUAUUCACACAUCGCAAACAGAGAUCAGAUUAUCUUCAUGGUAGGUCGAGGUUACCUGUCUCCGGAUCUCAUGAAGCUGUAUAAGAGCUGUCCCAAAGCCAUGAAGCGCCUGGUCGCUGACUGCAUUAAACAAUCCAAAGAGGAGAGACCGCUCUUCCCUCAGAUCCUGUCCUCCAUCGAGCUCCUGCAGCACGCUUUACCCAAAAUCAACCGCAGCGCCUCGGAGCCGUCGCUGCACAGAGCCGCUCACACCGAGGACAUCAACUCCUGCACUUUGACCUUCAUGAAGCUGCCUGUCUUCUAACUCCACAGUCUGGAGCUGAUGGAAACCACAUCGCUUCUUCAGAGGUCUUCCUGAAGUCGGUGUAAUGAUCGAGAUCUCUCUCUCUCUCUCUCUCUCUCUCUCUCUCGUGCACGCACUCGAGCGUCAGAGACAAUGUUGUAUUAUUUGAAGGUGAAGGUCAUCUUCAUGCACAGAAACAAAUCAGAUGAAAUCUGGGUUGUUGUGUUUAUAAAGUGUAGAUACGUAAUUGUUACAGGUCUAAGCAUUAAACGUUUGUUUACUGGUGAAGUUGACACGCUGAAACGAGCCGCCCAUCAUCCUGCUGUUCAGCUCACAACAGAAACGUCACGGUUCUAUUUCAUAAACUACAGAUGAGGUUAUUUUACGCUUUGCUUUGCUGCAGAACCGGAGAAGGCGCUCACGUCAGUCACGUCGCAGAGGAUGGGCGUGUCUCUUUAAAAUCCGUCCUCGCGUCUUUCACGUCGCUGUGCCUUUCCCCGAGUGUGGAGUUUUAUACACAAGAGUGUGAAAUGUUAACGUGCACUUCCUGUAAACAGAUCAGUGUUGAGAGUUUUAACGGUGUUGAUUGGAAGAGUCGGACUCGACAUUUUUAAAAUUGUUUGAAUCAGCUGUGUAUUUGAAGGUUUUAUUGCAGACUCGAGUACAAACUGUUUAUCAAUAAUGGUUAUUUUAAUAAAAUUUAAAUUAAAGUUCAAUACAAAA